UUCAAAUGAAUGACAAAUCAAUUAACCUCCAAAUCUAAAAUUUCAUUUCGUAAAUAAUUUUGUUUUUAAACAUUAGUUUUUAUUACAUCCGAAAAAUUUUAAUAAUUAAACUACCAACCUACCUUCUUGGAGUAAUUUUGAGAUUCUUUUUUUUUCGUCAAGUAGCAAAUAUGUCAAAACAAUAUGGAUUAAUACUACCGAAUAAAAGUAAAAAGACACCCUUAGGAACUGUGGUCCGUCCUUCUAUAUUUAAUGAUGACUCCGAUUCAGACACACCUACAGUUUCAAAGCCUGUAGUAUAUGGUAUAGUUCGCAAACAAGAUAAAAUUGAUCAACAAAGGGCUAUUGAAGAAGACCCUACUGUUUAUCAAUAUGACGAGAUUUAUGAUGAAAUGGCACAGAAAAAAGUUCAGUCAAAAUUAGCUCGAAAAGAUAUUGACAAAAAACCUAAGUACAUAAGUAAAUUAUUGGCUGCUGCAGAUAGAAGAAAAAGAGAGAACGAAAAAAGAAUAGAAAAACAGGUUCAAAAAGAAAGGGAGGCAGAAGGUGAAACAUUUAAAGAUAAAGAAUCGUUUGUUACAUCUGCGUAUAAAAAGAAAUUAGAGGAACUGAAAACGUUGGAAGAACAAGAAAGAAGAGAAGAAUACUUGGAAUCAAUUGGUGAUGUCAGAAAGCAAGGUAAUUUGGAUGGUUUUUAUAGGCAUUUGUAUGAUCAGAAAAUUAAUUACGAGGACAGAAUCAAACAAGAAAAUGAAUCAAGUAAGGAAAUUAAACAGGAAGUAGACAGUGAUGAACAGAGUAAAGAACAGUCAAAUGCACCUGGACCAUCUAAAGAUGCGUCAGGUUCUGAUGAUAAUGAAACUAUAAGGAACACUAAGAGCAAGAAAAGAAAAUAUAGAUCUCGCAAAAGAUCAGAUUUACAGUCUCAAUCUGAAUCAGAGGAAGAAAAAGUUGAAGUAAAAAAAGAACAUUUACCAUCAAAUUUAGAUGCCGAUUCAGAUUUUAGCAUAGAUUCUUCAUCUGAAAGUGAUAAAGAAGGGAAAAACACAAACGAUAAAAAAUCUGACCAAAAAGAUGGAAAUAUUGAGCAUGAAGGGGAAAAGCUAAAACUUCCAGAAAAAGGAAACGUUUUAAGUGAUAACGCAGCUUUAGCCAAGAAGAAUGAUCAUAGGGACGAUAAGGAAUCAAGUGAAAAGGUAGACACUAAGGAAGAUGACGAUAUAAAAGAUGAAAUAAAAGAACCUCCAAAACCCAAAAUUGAUAUUUGGAAAAAGAGAACAGUUGGUGAAGCUUAUGAUGAAGCUGUGAAAAGGUACUUCCAAAGGAAAGCUGCUAGAGAUGCAAUAGAAUGUGUUUAGAAAGAAUACCUUUCUAGAAGAUCAUUUAAAUGUUUUUUUUAAUAAGUAUGGAUACCUGAUAAAAUACCAUUUAGUGCAGCAAUGAUAUUUAAAAUAGAAAAAUUAUAAAUAUGUGUAGAUAGUUAUUUGUAAUAUUUAUUUAAAAAAACAUUAUUCUUUUGUUACAAUAAUCUAUAAAAAGCCACAUAUAUAAGGGCCAUAUUUCUCUAAGGAAAUAAUGGCUUAUAAAAGAAACAUUAAAUAUACUUUUCAUGUUCUAACUUU